AUGGGGAUUUUCCUCCUGCUGAUGCUCCUGUUCCCAGCCCCGGGAAACACGCGUGCCCUGUCGCACAGUCGGACCAUUCUGCUCACAUCCGACCGCUCGUAUAGUUUCCAUGUGGUGAAGGAGGGGAAGACCUGGGCAGCAGCUCAGCAGUACUGCAGAGAGGAGUUCACUGACCUGGCCACCAUAGACAACAUGGCACAGAUAGAUGAGAUCAAGAGAGAGAUGCAGGAUGCAGGUGUUGGGGCGGGGUGGAGGGGUUGGAUUGGACUGAAGCAGGGAAGGAGCUGGCAGUGGUCUCUGGCCGACACAAAUUUCUAUGAAGGGAAUGAGGCUGAGUUCAGGAACUGGAAUGAUGGCGAACCAAACGGCUGGUCAAUGGGGCAGGAAUGUGUGGGCACUGAGAAGGAGGGCGGGGGACAGUGGCAUGACCUUCGGUGCCCUGCAACCUUGCCCUUCAUUUGCUACAAUGGGGCAGACUCCUCACUUGUGCUGAUUAACGAAGCUAAGAACUGGACAGAAGCUCAGAAAUACUGCAGAGAGAAACACACAGACCUGGCCAGUGUGAGGAACCAGACAGAGAACGACCAAAUCAGAUAUCUAAUUAGUGGACUACGAGGUGUCCAUGUCUGGAUUGGCCUGUUCAGAGAUGCCUGGGAGUGGUCAGAUGGCAGCAGCUCCUCCUUUCGCCAUUGGGAACGUGGAGAGCCCAACUAUGGUGGCGACAAUCCACAAGGGUUCUGUGUUGAAAUGAAAUCUCGCUCUGGUCAGUGGAAUGAUCACAGCUGUGACCAACAGAAAGGCUUUAUCUGCUAUGAGGACAAGCUGGUCCUGGUUCGUGAGAACAAGACCUGGAUGGAUGCUAUGCAGUACUGCAGACAGCACCAUGUGGACCUGGUGUCUGUGACCUCUGAGAAGAUCCAGCGCUGGGUGGAGGGGUGGGCCAAAGCAGCCACAUCUCCCCACGUGUGGCUGGGCCUGAGCUACCACCGCAGCCUUGGCUUUUGGUCCUGGGUCAACGGAUACUCUGUCAGCUACGACAACUUUGCCUCCAAUGCAGACAGAAUGCCGGGCUGGGACACAGCAGGGGGGGCAGUCAGAAGAGACGGGGGCCAGUGGGUUAGCUUUCAAGAGACCAAGCAACUCAACUUCAUCUGCACCGAUGAGGAUCUCAACCCUCUUGCUACAGUGCAAGUGGUCUCUCCUCAGAGUCCCUUCUAUGCUGGAGAUGUCGUCACCCUCAGGUGUGACAUAACAGACUACAGAGACUGGCUUCAGUAUGUCUGGCUAAAGGACAGCACCCCAGUUCCUGAUCAGACCAGUCUGACCAUCAACAUCACACUCCCCCUAGAGGCUGAUCUCCCCAAUGCUACAGUGGAGGUGGUGUCCCCUCCUCCUCCCUUCUACUCUGGAGAUGUAGUCACCCUCAGGUGUGACAUACCAGAGUACUCAGACUGGCAUCAGCAUGGCUGGCUAAAGGACGGCACCCCAAUUCCUGGUAUGACCAGUGAGACCAUCACCAUCACCCUCCCCCAAGAUGCAGCUGUAGUGAAAAGGACUCAACUGGUGAGGGUGGAGAUGGAGGUAUCUGAUGAUAUGGACAUGGAAGAUCCUGACCUGCAGAAAGCCUUCCUUCAGCAGAUUGGGGCCAGGCUGAAGGCCAAGGGGGUUCGAGGAGAUGUGAAGCUGUCCUGGAGGAAGCAGCCAGAUGGAAAGGUGUUCCACAAGAAGAAGAACGACAAGAAGAAGGAGAAGAGAGAUGAGCUCUAA